GGGCUCGAACGCUCUGCGCCCUGACAGGAGCGGCGGCCGGGCCUUGCCAGGCGGGCAUGGGUUAAAAUUGGAGCCUAUUUCCCAACCUGAAGACAAACAGCAUCAUGUGGUUACUAACUGCUCUUCAUUCACCUAUUGAUGCCUCCCAGAAAAAAACGGCCCCAACGUUCCCAGAAAGCCCGGCUGCUAUUCCACCACCAACCACUGGAGGGCCCCAAACACCGCUAUGGGUCACCACCGCUUCCCAUCACUCACACGCGACAGGUGCCUGGGCAGCCCAUUGACCACAGCACCAUCACUGCCUGGAUAUCACCUGAGUCUGACACAACAGCAGAAAGCCAGUUCCCAGCCCACCGGAAACAUCAUUACCGAGACCAGGCAAGACAUUCAAGUCGAAAAUCUACCACCUCCAAGUUUCCACAUCUAACCUUUGAGAGUCCACAAUCUUCUUCCAUUUCAGAGACAUUGGAGAUCCCCUUAAUCAAGGAGUGCCCCAAUCAAUCAGAAAAGGACAAUUCCAGAGGACCCUUAGUUCCAAUGCUCAGUCCCCCAGGUUGUAGGGACCUGUCAGUACAUGCACUUCAGAGUUUACCUUACGUGUUCAUUCCCCCUGACAUCCAGACCCCAGAGUCCUCUUCUGUGAAGGAAGAACCUGUUCCCCCUGAACAGAAGGAAAAUAGCCUUCCAAGCUGCUCUCUUCGCACUGCUACUACUAGCAGCCCAGAGCCUGGGCCCAUUCUGGUUAAAGACACCCCUGAGAACAAGUAUGGAAUCGAGGUCACGUGGAGGAGACGACAGCACCUGCUUGCUUACCUCAGGGAGCGAGGGAAGCUGAGCAGAAGCCAGUUCCUUGUGAAAAACCGACUAGCUCUCUCAUCAACAAUCUCCAGAAAUUGCUGA